AUGGUAUUGUUUAAGCUUGCUAGAAAGCAAGAAAAAACUAUUCGUAGGAAAUUCCUGAAUGAACUUGGUCUUCAGUUAGCUCAACCACAUCUGAAGAGAAGGCUCAAUAAAAACUUACCUGGAGAACUUCGAAAAGAUAUUGAAGACAUAUUGUGUGUAAAUUCAGAACAGCAGAAGUCUUCUACAUCAGAACCACCUAAGAAAAUUGCUAAAACUAGUAGGUGUUACUUGUGUCCCAGAUCAUUAGAUAGAAAAUCCAAAACAAGAUGCUCCAAGUGUUCUCAGGCCGUAUGUCCUGAUCAUCAAAUUAAAGUGUGCGAAAACUGUGUAAAAUAUUAA